GGAGUGAGAGCCAGCCAAAUGCAAAGCCGCGCAUGUCUUUUCGCCUUGGCUGCCUUCACGGGCGCUUUGCGGUUGGCGCUUUCUGGGGCGCAGGGGGAGGCCCCGAGAAAGCCUAGGCCUUGCCGAGCUGCGCGUUUUCAAUUCUACUUUGUUGAUUGAUGCUGGCAAAUAGAUGUGUGAUAGGAGGUUGGAGCAGAUUGCGCGUGGAGCUGGCAAAAGAGAAGGCCCGUCGAAGGGCAAUGCUAUGGAACUUCCUUGGUGGCAGCUGGAGGAGGAAGCUGAGCGCUUGAUGGCGCCACGAAUGCCGUUUCGUGUUGAGCAAGUUUCCCCGCCGCCUGUCAAGAAGUUGGGGUAUGCGCUGCUUGAUGCAAGGACGUCCAGAGGGGAUGUCAUCAACGUGAAAGGCAACGACAAGUACGUUGUCAGCAAGGUCCGCUUUUUGUACGACUUGGUGGGUGGCAGAUACCGCCUUCGGAGCAAAGUUCUGGAGGUCCAAACUCCCAGACGCUACAAAAUCAAUGAGCAGCUUGCUGACCUUGUGCCUCACGAGCGACAAUGAUACAACGUGAUAUAGCAGAGCGAGUGCAAGGCAUUCAUUCACUUCAAGUGAUCUUGUGUUGUAAGCCAAACGGCCGUCCGAAUUUUCCAGCCCCUGCGGCUUGUUGCUGCCUGGUGGCCCCAGUCAGCAGACCCGGCCAAUGAAUGACGAGCACGCUGCAUGAUUGCAAUCUAGCUCUUCGCAG